ACGGUGAAGACCAACGCGCACGACAUACAGCAGGAGAUCGCGGAUCUCGAGGCUCGUCUGCGCGAUGCCCGCUCCCGCCUAGCCUCCACGUCCCCAAAUGGCGGGGAUUCCUAUCUGCCGCUACCGGAGGAAACCACCCCAUUAGCACCCACCCACGCGCUACUCCUCCUCUCCGACUCCGCCCUCCCACUAGGCUCCUUCGCCUACUCCAGCGGACUCGAGUCCUACCUCGCACACAACAAACCACUCCCCCGAUCCAUAACCGCGCUCGCAUCCUUCAACCGGUUCCUCACACUCUCGAUCGCAUCGAUGGCAAGCACGUCGAUUCCCUACGUUCUGGCCGGGUACCGCCACCCGAACGAUCUGGAGACACUGGACAACGAUCUCGAUGCGUCGACGCCGUGCAUCGUGGCGCAGCGGGCGAGUGUCGCGCAAGGACGGGCCUUGCUCGGGGUGUGGGAGCGCGCGUUUCGCGGAACCUAUGCGGCCGGGCUAUGCGUGGCGGGUGCGAAGGCAGUGAGGGUGAUCGAGGCGUUCUCGGACGCGCUCAAGGGCUGUCUGGAUACGGUGCAUGAAUUGGGGCCCAAGGGACACUUUGCGCCCUUGUGGGGGGUGGUCUGUUUGGCUAUGGGGAUGGAUGCCCGCCAGACGGCCUAUGUCUUUAUGCUGAACCAUGCGAAGGCGGUGCUGAGUGCUGCGGUGCGUGCGUCGGUGAUGGGUCCGUAUCAGGCACAGAGCGUCCUGGCUAGUAGAGGCCUGCAGGAUAUGAUCACGCAGCGGAUAGAUCGGGAGUGGGAUACCCCCGUAGAAGACGCAGGGCAGAUCGUCCCUCCGCUGGAUCUCUGGGUUGGGCGACACGAGCUCCUAUAUAGCAGAAUAUUCAAUUCAUAAACGCGUCGGUCCACAUUCAACGUUAG